GUGGGGGCGGUCGGCCCGUGGGGUCGGGACGGCUCGCCCGGCCAGUCGGCGGAGAGCGGCGAGCACGGGCCGCCAGGGGUGGCCGCUCGGCACGGCGCCACCGGCCCAGCCAGGCGCGGAGCCCGCACUGACAAGACGGGGCGAUGACGUCACUCACUGUGACGUCAGCAGUACAGCUGGCGGCGCGGCUGCGGGCCGGCACGUGCGGUGAGCCCGGCUAUCUCUAUGAAGGCGCCAGCAGCCCGCGCGCCCCCGAGAGUCCCGAGGGCUCCACGGACGACACUCACGCCUCUGAGAAGCGACUUGCCGCCGGCCUGAUGUUGGCCGGAGCCAAGAAGAGGCGCAAGCAGUCGAAGCCGGUGAGGAUCCACGCGCUGGAUGAGCCGGGCGGUGAUCCGGUGCCCCUGGCGCUGACGCCGCGAGCAGAGUCCGAGCACCUCGCCUGCCCGCACUGCUCGCGCGUCUUCGCACAGCGCGGGGAGCUUGCGCAUCACCUGGAGAUGGAGCAUGUCCGCGAUGGUGAGCGCGCUGCCUCCACAGGCGAGAGUGGCUCGGAGCUGCCGCUCAAUCUGUCCAGCCAGUGGAGGGAGAGAGAGGGCGCGGACCUGCGAGGACAAACGCCGACGGGCCACACGAACGAACAAUACGGGUAUUCACGGGACGCAGAUUCGCGCGACGAAUGUCAAACUCCUCAGGGAAGAGUUGUUGGGUCUCACGACCAGUUUCACGCAGACUACGGUAGAAUGAACGAAUCGCAUAAUGAUUAUCAAUCCAAUCAGAGACGAGCGAGCGAGUCAUAUGAAGAUUAUCGAGCCAAUCAAAGACGAGGAAGCGUCUCACAUGACGACUACCACAGCAAUCAGAGACGUGGUAGCGAGUCGCUUGAUGACUACCGCAACAGUCAGAGGCGAGACAGCCAGUCAGGUGCUGCAGAGGACUACCGCCUGAGUCAGCCUCGAGAUGGAAAUCAUCAGGGUGACUACCGCCAUGACCAGCGCCACGACAGUGGUCAUCCCGGCCACGAAGACUCACGAGAACGCCAGCCGAACCAGGACGCUCUCCAGACCCUCUCCUCUCUGCAGCGUAAGUUCAGCUCUCCCGGUUACCUACCGUAUGGUCCCCCACCGCUCUUGCUGCCAUUCCUUUCCCAGCAGAUGGGUCAGCCGCCAUCCGCACCCACCGACGGCAAGAUCUUCAACCCGGAGGCGUUCUGUGAGCUGUGCGGCAAAGAGUUCUGCAACAAGUACUUCUUGCGCACGCACAAGGCAAACAAGCACGGCGUGUACGCGGACGGACCGCGCUCUCCACCGGUGGGCUCGGCGCUUCUGGCGCAGCAGCUAGCCGCGUCUGGGCGUCAGUUGUCCCCCAGCGCCGAGUCUCGCGACUCUGGACGGCCUUCGAGCGAGGCCGAGGCCACGGCGAGGCCAGCAAGCGACACCUUCUGCCAGCCGUGCCAGAAGGAGUUCUGCGACCCAUUCUUCCUGCGCCAACACCACGCCACGGUGCACGGUGAGACUGAGACUCAGGAGGAGACGCCGCGACCUCCAGUGUAUCGCGCUCCGCGGGAGUCCGAGCAGGGCGAACUGACACGCACGGAGCCGUCUGACCCGUACGACGCCCGUCAGCUCAGCGAGCUGCCGGCACCGGCGGCGAACGGACGGGAGGGAGAGACUCCGCGUCGCUUCAGCCGCGAACAGCUGCGUCUCAUGGGCGUCACUAACGCGGACGCCUUCUGCAACAUCUGCUGCAAAGAGUUCUGCAACAAAUACUUCCUCAAGGUGCACCGCUACAAGAUGCACCAGAUCGGUUCUCCGCCACCGGAACGGGAGCGACCGCCGAGCAGCACCGCCAGUGGAGGUGGAUCGGGUAGCGGAGGCAGUGCUGGGGCUCCGCCUCCCGUGUCUUGCCCUCCGCUGGAGAAACUCCUGGAGGCGCCACUUCGCGACUCGUUUCCGAAGGAGUGUGACCAGUGCGGACGGCCCUUCCAGAGCAGCUACCUGCUACAGAUGCACAAAUACUACUUCCAUGGACUGGGACAGCAGUUCCCCGGCGGGCUUAUGCCUCCAGCCGACAGACCGCCGCCACCACCACCGCAUCCUCCCAAGAAGUCCAAGAGCAAGAAGAAGGAUAACUUCGGCGAUGAUCUGAAGAAGCUACAAGGCAUGAUCAAGGGCCUACAUGACAAAAAGAGCGACGCAGUAUCGUGUCAUGUCUGUGCUAAGACACUCGAAAACAAGACCGUCUUACAGGCACAUCUGAUGACGGAACACGGCAUGUUCCAGAGUCAAGAAGAACUCGUCGUUCCAAAGCCACCAGUCCCUGGCCCCUCAAAGCCUUCAGGCAGUAGUAAGGAGCGUUCUGAAAAGUCCGGGAGCAAUGGCAGUAGCGGUGAAACGUUCUGCUCGAUCUGCAAAAAGGAUUUCUACGCCAAGUUCUUCCUUCAGCAACAUAUGCAAACAGCACAUGGGAUCCAGGCGGGUGCAACGCUGAGCGAAACGGCCUUCUUGGCACGGAUUCGACGUGAGGUCGAGAAUCAGAAGAAGCCAGAACGCCCAAAGCCAGCUAGCACAAGCCGUAGCUACUGCGAAAUCUGCAAGAAGGAGCUGUGCAACAAGUACUUCAUGAAGACACACAUGACCAAGAUGCACGGGAUCAAUCUGGAGGCACACCAAAGCCGCGGCGGUGCCACGUGUGACAUUUGUCAUAAGGAGCUCUGCAGUCGCUACUUCUUGCAGGUUCACAAGCAGAACUGUCACGGCAUUCGCGACACGGCCUCGGAACCUGACCCUCGUAUCCUGGAGGAGACCAGCAAGGACGAAGAGGGCCUAGAGAUCUGCACUGUGUGCACUGGCAAGUUCAAGACUCCCAAACUCCUGGAGCAGCACAUGAUUGGCGAGCACGGUGCGCCCAAGGAAAAGAAAUCCAAGUCUUCAUCUUCUUCGUCGUCAUCGUCCGCUGCUGCUGCCGCUGCUGCUGCGGCGGCGGCUGCGUCCGCGGCCGCCCAGCUGCCGAGCAUCGGGCCCACCUGCAGCCUGUGCUCGCAGACGCUGCCGGACCUGCUCUCUCUGCGGCUGCACAUGCUGCAGGCACACCCGCUGCCCGAGCAGCCUCCGUCAGAGACCGGCGGCCAGUCCCAGUCCGGAGCUGAAGACGCCAAGGUCAGCUCGCUCUGGAUGCGGGAGAAGCUGCUGCGCUACCCGUUCGGACCGUUCCCCGGAGGCUUCCCUCCGUUCCUGCCCGGCCUGCUGCCACAGCUGGCCGCGCCGCCGUCUGACUCGCCCUUCCCGCUGCUGCCGUUUGACCUGCCUCCCGGGCUGCUGGCGCAGCGGGCAGCUGCUGCCGCAGCCGCCGCUGCAGCUGCCCGGUCACCGGAGCAAGAGAGCGAGACUCCAGCGGCACCGGUGUCGUCAUCUGCUGCGUCUUCCUCGGCUGGUGCCACCGAGAAAGCCGCUCCAGCGAUUUCCUGGGCGGUGCCGAGUUCCAGCUCAGGCCCUGCUGACAUCAAACCCCCAACCACCGCGGUAAAGCCUGAACAGACGCCUGAACACACAUUAUCCAAGCGUCGACAGGCGGCAGCGGCCUCACAACGACUGCACCGCUGCGGCCCUUGCGGCAUCCGGUUCCGGCGGCGACUGCACUUCCUGCAGCACUGGCAGCAGCAGCACAGCCGCAGCCGACACGAGUCCUCCGUCGCGUCCGCCAUCGUCAAGGGCUACCUGAAGCGGCGCCAGCGGUGCCGCAGGUGCGGCUUCACGGCGCGCGGCCGAGAGACGCUGCUGCGUCACGAGCGGCGUCAUCACCAGCGCGCGGUACCGCCGGCGCGCUGCCUGUACGGCCUGCCACUGCCGGCUGCUGAUAGCACGCCCUACCACAUGCAGUCGUUCGUCAUCUCCUCCACAUCACCACGCGGGGAGGGUGUGAUCGCUCCGGCGCUGGCCUCGCUGCCGACCGUGCGGCCGGUCUCCGCUCCUGCCGAGCUCAGCGUUCAGCUAAUGCCGGUCUGAGUGGCACGCGGAAAAGCGGUUGAAGUGGAUGGGUGGACUGCUGGAGUGGCUAAGCUGACCGCUGGUUCCGUAGACGGACUCAAGUCAGGUAUUGCUGUAUGGAGCGGAUGGGAUUAUCUUGCAAUCAGUUAUUGACGAAGAAGUCGACCACCCCUAUAGGUAACUGGAAGAGGCCCGUGACAAUAGAAAUGCGAUAACGACAUGGCCGUCGCGGUUUUGAAACCUAUCAAGCUCUUCCUCGGAGGAAUGAUCGAGCAAGAAAGCAAGAGAGAUGUUUUAUGAAGCUCUGCCAGCUUCUUGGGUAGAACAUCUUACGACGAGUGUAAAAUACUAAUAAAGACAUUGACAAGCAACCGGGUGGCCACAAGCAGCAAUGUGAGCCUCUGGUUUAACGAGGUCACAUCAGGUCACCAGCGGUCAGUCAACGAACCAAGCUGUCCAUAAGGCGAACAGCUCUCGCCGAAUCUAUUCAGGGACGUGUGGACCGAUCUCAGGCUUCAUCUCAGGGUGGUGUGCUAGUGCAUCCCGUUUUCGUAGACUAGUCAUUAGGGUAUAAAUAUAUAUUCGUAUAGGCUAUCAUGCAUACACGCAGUUUAGCAUAAGGUGACCGAACAGACGAGGUCGUCUUGUCGUGUUGUGGUCAGCUCUAUACAACAGGUCUACCUCGGUAGGCGGGGGUGGACGUCGGACUGGCUGUCCGCGCCCCUCGACGUUUAGCUGAGUCUCUAGGGACGAAUUUCUUAUCGGAACGAGCGGGUACGAAGGCUAUCAUGUACGUCUUUGUGUUGACGUGGGCUCUAUGUUGUCAGAGCCGGUAUUGGCGUGGCUUCGUGAACCUUCUUGCAACUGUUACGGGUUCGAAUCAUUCCGAACACGGGUUUACGUGCCGUUUGUUUGUAGAGCGCUGCGCCCGGACGCUUUAUUCUGCACAAUUUAUCUCAUUUGCUGCUGACUUUGGAGAGUGAGCUUACCGGGAGCAAUGCUGGCAGCAUAGUUACAAGCAGAGUUCUGUUAGAUACUCAUGCCUGUGCUCGUGAUUUGGAUGUUCGUGUUAAUACAGCCUGAAUAUAAAUACAGCAUAGCAACCUUUC